GCUGCUGUGAAGAAAAUCAUUUUGUGAUGAAAAUCAUCUUCUGGCAGCUUUUCCCUGGAAUGCCAGGACAGCUGCCAAGGCCCAGCCUUGCAGAUUCUGAAACAUCCAUGGGGAUCCUGACAAGCAAAUUCAGCAGCAGGAUGGAUGCAGGCUCUGAGAUGUGUCAUUUCCCUACCAGCACAGCUGGUUAAAUAAGGUGUGACUCUGCCACCCCACCCCUCCCCAGGCUGGGACCAUGGCUGACAUGAUUUUUGGCAGUGGGACAGGCCCCUGGGUUUGCCCCAACGACCGGCAGCUGGCCCUGAGAGCCAAGCUCCACACGGGCUGGUCAGUGCACACAUUCCAGACUGAGAAGCAGAGGAAGAUGCAGGCUCUGAGCCCCAAGGAGCUUGAGGUCAUCCUGGGAGUCAUCCACAAGGCAGAGAAGUUGGAUGUGGUGGAGCAGCAGCGCAUUGGGCGCCUGGUGGAGAGGCUGGAGAACAUGAGGAGGAACGCCAUGGGGAACGGGCUCUCGCAGUGCCUGCUCUGUGGGGAGAGCCUGGGGCUGCUGGGCAGCUCCUCUGUCUUCUGCCAGGACUGCAAAAAGAAAGUUUGCACCAAGUGUGGGAUAGAAACUGUUGGAGCCCAGAAACGUCCCCUGUGGCUGUGCAAGAUCUGCAGUGAGCAGAGAGAGGUCUGGAAGAGGUCUGGGGCUUGGUUCUACAAAGGGCUGCCCAAGUACAUCCCUCCUCUGAAGAGCAGCAGCAGCAGCAAGCCCCUGGAGCUGCAGCCCCAGCCCUGGCAGGGUGAGGUGGUGCCAGAGCCAGAGAGCCUGGGCAGCAGCCGCUCCUUCACCUGGGCCAGGGGAAAAGUGGUUUCCAGUGGCAGUGAGAGCGACUCGGAGCUCAGCUCCUCCAGCCUGGAUGACAAACCCUGUGUCCCUGUGGCACCACAAGGCUCCCAGGGGACAAAGCUCCCGGCAGGAAUGGCACCCACCAGGGCACCCAGCAGAGCCCUGGGGACCCCCCAGUCCCCCCCAGUGUCGGGGAGCCCCAGCAGUGAGCUCAGCCCUGCAGAGAGUGGCCAGAGUGACCAACCCUGGGACAGGAGCCCCAAGGACACCAGCACCCCUGGCAAACGAGGAGUGCAGAGCAGGACACGGCUGUGAUGGAGCUGAAGGUGGGGCUGGAUCCUGCACUCCCAUUCCUCAGGAGCUGCUGCCAGUGGUGCCUUGGUGCUGCCAGCUCCUGCAGGGUGACAGCAGGGUGACAGCUGGGACAGCAGCUGCCUGUCCCCUGUGAGCCCCUGCUUUGGGGAAGGGGCUCCUGUGCACCCCCUGCUUGGGGUGAGUUUGGUGCUGCUGUGCUCCUGUUCCCUCUGCUCAGGGUACACAAACACUCCAAGGAGCUUGCUGGGAUUUUUUUCACUCCUCUUGGUUGCUGUGAGGGCUCAAGGGAGAUGAGAAUCCCUCCAGCCCCAGCCCAGCUGGCUGCCUGUGAGUGCCCAAAUUGGAUAAAAAAGCUUUAAAUGACUUUUUAUCUGGUGAAGCUCUGCAGAUUCCCCUCCCACAUGCACACCUUGCAUGAGCAAGGACCUUUCUUUUGCCUUUUUCCUGGAAGUCUUGAGCAUCUGGCUGGCUGUGGUGGUGUCAUCAUGAGUCAGGCUGUUGAAAACUGUGUGCCCUGGUCCUGCUUAUCCUCCAGAACAGAAAAUUUCCCUCUAAGGCCUGACAGAUGAGAAAAAUCAAAUUACCUCACAUCUCUAGAGCAAUUAGAUCUUUGAAGACCUGAACAAAACCCACACUGGGCUGGUAGAAAUCUGUGGAUUUUAUUAAAUGCUUUGGAGCUGACCUGCCUAUUAUGAAGAAACAAAGGAUUCCAAAAAGUUCCCUCUGAAAUCACGGAGUCAGAGGCAAUUUGUGCCCAUUAAUGUCAGCCUUUCCCCUCGGUUAUUUCUCUUUUGUUCUGUUUUCCUUUGCACUGGGCACUUUGUGUGCAUGUAGUAUGUGUUCUUACAAAUGGCUGCAGUAUGAAGAUAAAUGAGAUUGGGUGCUGGAACACUCCAGCAGGAUUGGAAAUCAAUCCCUGACUUGCUUUUUAAAUGAACAUGGCCCAACAGAGGACCAUUCCCUUACAGCUUUCCCAGUUAAUGUGCUGUGGCAGGUUGCUGGUGAAAUGCUUCCAGCCCUUCCUCUGUGAUCUCUUCCUGCCCUUUUACAAAUGAAAACAAAACCUUUGGGCUCCCUGAGAUGGCAGGAAAGGAAUUCUCUGAAUGUGGGGUCCACACCAUGAGUGCUGGAGAGAGCCAGGGGUGAGGCUGCUCUCCUCUGAGGGGUUUUUAUGGCAUGGCUGUGUUGUUAACCUGCACCUAUGGAAUGCUUAAUGCCACAGCUGUGCCUGCAAAAGUAACUCCAGCUGUCAUCUUUUGUGGCUUCAGAGCUGUAGGGUCUUCAAUUCCCAAAGUGUUUGGGCACCAGGAAGAUUUCUGUUUUGCCUUGAAGCUUUUGACAGAGCUGGUGAGGUUUGUCUUGCUCAUUACUGCAGUGCCUGCCAGGCAGAGUUAAUUCUACAGCAGGAAAAAGAUUUUUAGGAAUUGUCCCUGUUUUUCUUUAAACCUGUUAGUUUCUACACUGAGCUGGAAAGAGCUUUUACAAUCAGGAGUGUCAUUUCUGACUCUCCUGGAGUCCCUUGUCACUCCUGGGCAGCUCAGUUGUGUCCCCAUCCCUCAUUUCCCACUCCUGAGCCUGGGAAUUCUUGCUCUGCCCCUGUGGGGCAUGAGUUUGAUUUUUAACUGAGGCCAGCUUUUGUAAAACACUCUCAGAGAUAAAUUUGACAUUGCUCUGGUGCCAGUGAGACUGGAAACUUUUCUUUCUGAUGUCUGUAUUUUAACUCCAUGGGGUAAUUCCACCUGAGUUCAGACCAGAAUUGUUCAAUCAGUUGUGGAAAGAUUCCUCUGGAAUUGAGGGAAGGAUCUGGUCCUGGACAAAGUGAUCCAAGCACAACUGCAUGAGGAACAUCUGCAGCUCUGUUUUAUUUAUUUAUCUGUGCACUGUUUCAUUUCACUUUUCCCCUUGUGCUGAUUCUCUUGGUUGUGUUUUGCAGCUUUUGUUGGAAUAUUAUCCUAAACCUGUGUUUUGAGCUGGCUCAGUGUGGGCAAGAAGGGCUCAGUGAAUGUGCUCAGUCUGCUCUGGUCAUUUGUGUUUAUUAUUUUCUUGUUCUCAUCUCCAUCCCUCACAACUUUUAUGUGGUGUUUCACUUCUGGAAACAAUAAAGCUUUUGCUCAGUAACAACUUCUUGCCAUUC